ACCUACCUAACCUUGGAAACGUUAUCCCUUCCAGCUUAACCAAGAUUGUUAACUCGAUUUCAAACCCGUUUUAACCAUGAUCCAUGAUGUCCUUGUCCGACUUCAGUUUUUGCUUGCGUCCUAAUAUGGAUCUCCGAAUGCCCCCAGAUAUGGGACUUCGGAAUCCUUCGCAUAUAGAAACGCCUUUGCCUACUAAUAUAGAACUGCCUUUGCCUGCUAAUAUCGACAUCGUUAUGCAAGGCUUUCGCGAUAUUGCUUGCUCUGAGAACGAUAGUUAAGCUGUACUGCUUCGUACUGCCGUUACAGACCUUAUAACCGAGAAGAUGCCUUCAGAAGUCAGUAAGGCUUGCUCUAUGAUGGAACUGGCUGAUGAUGAUUGUCGAAAUAUUCGAGUCACUCUUCGUGCACUGCCUCCCGCCACCGAUCUUAGUGUGCCUUCUGCCAUCUCGUCUACUAAAAGGCUUGGCUCUCGGUCAGACGGGGAUACGGCUGAUGUCUCAGAUACAACUAUACCGUCAACCCUUAGCGUGAUUAAGGCAUUCUAUAAGGAUAGAUUCUCCGACGACCUAUUACACCGUCUUAGCUCCGAUAGAAACCCUAAGUGUUAUUUUCUUUCGAGACGACCAGCGCGGAACUUACCUCGACAAAAUGAACCUAAGGGGAAGAACGCGACCAAAGAGUUUCAAGACAAGAAAUGUACAAACCUCAUCGCUGUAUUGCUUCAGGUAGCUGGCAUAAGGCGAAACCGCAACGACGGGUGCGACAGGUGUAAAGCGGGGAGGGGUUUCUGGGACCUCUGUGUGGUAGCACUCCCAGAAUUUGGUGACUUCUCGUCAAGCUGUGCUAAUUGCCACUACAACGGCAGGGGGAUAUAUUGCUCUUUCGUGAAAAAACGUAGAGUCAACGGAUGACCCGCUAUUAGAUGGGACUGCGAUGCCGCCAUCGGCGCCGCCUGAGCCGGGUGUUCCGGAUUACGUUUUUAAGGCUACACUAGACGUUCUCGCCUCGAAACAGAUGGCGGAACUUAUAAA